AUGGGUCUUGCAAUGGAUCGUUACUUGACUGUGAAGCGUCCACGAUUAUCUUCCCAGAGCGGCAUACCAGGUGCGUUUUCGGCCGUCGGAGCAUGGCUGGCUGCUGCGUUGCUCUGUGCACCAGAACUCCUCGGCCGGCAAGUGCGCGAGGAAGAUUUACAUUGUGUGGACACGUCGACGCCGAAUCACAUACGAAUGCUUUUGUUAGUGAUUAUAUUCGCGGUGCCAGCGGUGGCCGUCGUAGGCGCCCAUCUGGGAGUGCGUUCCGAACUUUGCGCGUUAUCUUUGACCGCUCGUGCCGCACACGGCGAGUUGCCUCUACCGGUGCCUCUGCUACGGCGUUCGACUCACGUCGUAAUAGUAGCUGGAAUGGGGCCGCCUGGUCGAGAGACGUUAUAUCGACGCGAUUCGGCGGACGGCGCCGAGGCCGAGUUAGCGGAACGCGCCCGCUGCAUGCGACCACCUGUCGUGAAUCAUCAUCCACCGGCAACUCGCGGUCCCCAGCGCGGUCCGUCUAGACAUGCACAACGAAAUGCGGAACCGCAGCCCCCAGAAGGUCGUCGCCCACAGGCAUCAACCUUGCGCAGCAGACGACGCCUGGCAAACAUGCUUGUGGCGGUGGCGGUUGCGUUUGCGGCUUGCUGGGCUCCGCACGUCCUUGUCACGUUCUUGCCGACUGUACCCGCACGGGUCUCUCAGUUCGCUCUGCUUCUAGGCCAUGCACACUCUGCACUAAAUCCGGUGGUAUAUUGGGCGUUGAAUUAUCAAUCACUCGGCAGUUUCAUACCAUGUGCACAUUUCAAGUUGCGGAAACAUUUUCGCUUCCCGGCGGCUCCUCCGCCUCCUUCGUCAACGAAUGAAGCGGCUCUGGGGCCGUUUAAUCCGCGCUACAUAAAGGCAAGGCCGCCGCCCCCUCGGCCGCCCGCUUCAUCGCAUUACCUAUAUUAG